CUGUGCCCUCUACUACACCAGAGGGACACGCAGAGUGACGCUCCUCCUGCGCCGCUCUUAGUCUGGCUCCUCACCCCAAGCCUGACCGGUAUGGCAGAACCUGCCGGUAUAGCCUUGGAGAUCAUUGGAGCACGCAAGCCCCCCCACCACGACAAGGUGGCGGCCCCCCGGGGGGGUAAUAAUGAGGAUAAAGAAAUCUUUGUUUUCUCCGCUGAUUAG